AUGGACCUCUAUACUGGGCGGGACAAGGAAUUCCCCACUAGUGACUCGCGCAGUUCCCAUAGUUCUGAUGACACCAUCGAGCCCCUCGAGUCGCUCGAGCUCACCCGCAUCAACACCUACCGGCUACAACAAAAGACCACCGUUGGAUCGACACGGGGCCCUCUCCCGCGGGAAGAAUGGCUUCCUAUGGGGGCUGGCAAGGAGUAUCCCCCCCUGCUACCGGACCCCGGAAAUUUCGUCGUAGACUUUGAGGGGUCUACUGACCCUCUGCAUCCCUACAACUGGUCUAUACUGAGACGGGUCCUGCUGGUUUGCAUCCUAUGCUUCGGUACCUUCGCUGGGUCCAUGAAUAGCGCCAUCUUCUCUGCCGCCAUCGAGGGGUUUAGCGAAGAGUUUGGGGUCGGACACGAGGUCGGCUCACUGGGCGUCGCGCUGUACGUGCUUGGCUUCGCUGCCGGUCCGACGAUCUGGGCGCCUCUAUCGGAGCUCAUUGGCCGGCGUGUGCCCCUCUCCAUAGGACUGUUCGGAUGCGGCAUCUUCACCGUAGCCUGUGCGACGGGCAAGGACGUCCAGACGAUCAUGAUCACCCGGUUCUUCGCAGGCUUGUUCGCCGCCGGCCCAGUCUCGAUCGUCCCGGCGGUUUUCGCCGAUCUCUUCAACAAUGCGCAACGAGGGAUCAUCAUGUCCGUCUUCUGCAUGGCCGUCUUUAUCGGGCCGUUCGCCGCCCCCUUCGUCGGGGGGUUCAUCGCCACCAGCGAGCUGGGCUGGCGGUGGACGAUGUACAUCUCCGCCAUCCUGGUCCUGGCCGGAUUUGUCCUGGUUGUGUUGUUCCUGGACGAGAGCUACGCACCUGUCAUCCUGGUGCGCAAGGCCGCUACCCUCCGCCGCCAGACGCAUAACUGGGGCAUCCACGCAAGACAGGACGAAGUGGAGGUUGACUUCAUGGAGCUGGUGCGGAACAACUUCAGCCGACCCGUAAAGAUGCUAUUCACCGAGCCGAUCCUGCUCCUCAUCUCCCUUUACAUAUCCUUCAUCUACGGGCUGAUGUACGCGCUGCUGGGGGCAUACCCCGUUGUCUUCCAGGGCGUGUAUGGAAUGAGCAUGGGGGUGGGGGGCUUAUCGUUCGUGGGCCUGAUCCUGGGGGAGCUGCUGGGCGGCGUCUACGUCCUCACGCAACAGGGCUCGUACGUGCGCAAGCUGGUUGCGAACGGGGAUCAGCCCGUGCCCGAAUGGCGUCUGCCGCCGGCGAUCAUCGGAGCCGUGGUUUUCGCCGUGGGAUUGUUCUGGUUCGGCUGGACCGGAUAUACGGCUUCCAUCCAUUGGAUGGCGCCCGUCGCGUCAGGGCUGUUCACGGGGGCCGGAAUCUUCCUGAUCUUCCUGCAGUGCUUUAACUACAUUGUGGACUGCUAUCCUACCCUGGCGGCGUCUACUAUCGCGGCAAACACGAUUCUCCGUUCGGCGGUCGGGUGUUCGUUCCCGCUGUUCUCGCGACAGAUGAUGGAGAACCUGGGGGUGCAGUGGGCGGGCACCUUGCUGGGGUGCAUCGCCGUGUUGAUGAUCCCAAUCCCGGUCGUCUUCCAGAUUUAUGGACCGGGACUGCGGGGGCGCAGUCGGUUGGCAGGCGCUCCUGUGGAAGUCGUUGGGGGGAAGACUUAUGACGUAUGAUUGACCACUAUGUAUGAUAAUGUAUGACUGACUACCAUGUAUGAU